GGAGCUCAGCCGCGAGCACAGCCCUCUUCCCGGACCUGUGAAGUCAGACUCACGUGUAAAUCGCGAGGAUCAAAUCGAGGCUACGCAGCCAGCUGCGCCCACUGAGCGCACCCCAGAUGUGCCCGGAGCAGCAGGUCACCCUCCCCCACGUGCGCGCAUCCCCAGCGACCACUCCCUGGGAGGCCUAUGAAACUGCGCAGCAAAAGCAGAGAGAGGAAUAUAUAUCCUGAAGUUGGAAAAGACUCAGACCCGGUUACCACUUCCUUUGCCUUCUGAACUUUUCGUUUUGGUCUCCUGCAGGCGGGAGUGAGUCUUGCCCUUCCCCUUGCUUGCAUUUCUCCAAGAUUCGUCGUGCCCUCCUCCACUGUAGACCUCCCUCCCCCUUCCCCUCCCCUCCCGCUCCAACCCCCAAGCAGGGAGGCCUUCAACCCAUACACCUCCCGGGCUGGAGAUCUCAAUUACAAAGCUGGGGAGGGGGUACUGAGUCCGGGAAGGACCACGGCGACCGGCAGUGUGCCCUGCGGAUGUCCUCGGCUUGGUCCACACCUGAGCAGUUCCCUGGGCGCGACCCCUCCGCUCCUCCCAGACCCGGCGCUCAGACACUUGUGCGCUGCUACGCCGCACUCGCAGCGCCCUAGCGGCGAGAGGGAGAACGAGCACAGGCGGGUGGAGAGAGUAAGGGUUCGGGGGUGGGAGGAACCCACCUCGGGAGCCCGGGAAAUCCCGGACGUGCCACCGCCCCCAACUUUGUGGCGCCCUCCGGCAGCGGCGGCAAGGAUGGAGCUGCCUCCCCGCGGCCGGGCGUCGCCGGACUCGCCGCUGGACAGCGCCUCCCUGACCUCGCUGGACUCCAGCGUCUUCUGCAGCGAGGGCGAAGGGGAGCCCCUGGCGCUCGGGGACAGCUUCACGGUCAACGUGGGCGGCAGCCGCUUUGUGCUCUCGCAGCAGGCUCUGUCCUGCUUCCCACACACGCGCCUUGGCAAGCUGGCCGUGGUGGUGGCCUCGUGCCGGCGCCCCGGGGCCCUGACCGCCGUGCCCAGCCCCCUGGAGCUCUGUGACGACGCCAACCCCGUGGACAACGAGUACUUCUUCGACCGGAGCUCGCAAGCAUUCCGCUACGUCCUGCACUACUAUCGCACCGGCCGCCUGCACGUCAUGGAGCAGCUGUGCGCGCUCUCCUUCCUCCAGGAGAUCCAGUACUGGGGCAUCGACGAGCUCAGCAUUGACUCCUGCUGCAGGGACAGAUACUUCAGAAGAAAGGAGCUGAGUGAAACUUUAGACUUUAAGAAGGACACAGAAGACCAGGAAAGUCAACAUGAGAGCGAACAGGACUUCUCACAAGGACCUUGCCCCACCGUCCGCCAGAAGCUCUGGAACAUCCUAGAGAAACCGGGGUCUUCCACAGCUGCCCGAAUCUUUGGGGUCAUAUCCAUCAUCUUCGUGGCGGUGUCCAUCGUCAACAUGGCUCUGAUGUCAGCCGAGUUAAGUUGGCUGGACCUGCAGCUGCUGGAAAUCCUGGAGUACGUGUGCAUUAGCUGGUUCACCGGGGAGUUUGUCCUGCGCUUCCUGUGCGUGCGGGACAGGUGCCGCUUCCUGAGAAAGGUGCCAAACAUCAUAGACCUCCUAGCCAUCUUGCCCUUCUACAUCACUCUUCUGGUAGAGAGCCUGAGUGGGAGCCAGACUACACAGGAGCUGGAAAACGUGGGGCGCAUCGUCCAGGUUUUGAGGCUGCUUAGGGCUCUGCGCAUGCUCAAACUGGGCAGGCAUUCCACAGGCUUACGCUCACUUGGAAUGACAAUCACCCAGUGUUACGAAGAAGUUGGCCUGCUGCUCCUAUUUCUGUCUGUAGGAAUCUCUAUAUUUUCAACUGUGGAAUAUUUUGCUGAGCAGAGCAUUCCCGACACAACCUUCACAAGUGUCCCUUGUGCAUGGUGGUGGGCCACAACGUCCAUGACUACCGUGGGAUAUGGGGACAUCAGACCAGACACCACCACGGGCAAAAUCGUGGCCUUCAUGUGUAUCUUAUCGGGAAUCCUUGUCUUGGCCUUGCCCAUUGCUAUUAUUAACGACCGCUUCUCUGCUUGCUACUUCACCUUAAAGCUCAAGGAAGCAGCUGUUAGACAGCGUGAGGCUCUGAAGAAACUUACCAAGAAUAUAGCCACUGACUCAUAUAUCAGUGUUAACUUGAGAGAUGUCUAUGCCCGGAGUAUCAUGGAGAUGCUUCGAUUAAAAGGCAGAGAAAGAGCAAGUACUAGGAGCAGUGGAGGAGAUGAUUUCUGGUUUUGAAUUCACUUUCAGUUUAUUUACAAAAGCCUGUGUAAUACUAACUUGAUUGAUAAAGCCUUGAUAUGGAUGUCUGUACACUGCUGAUGAGUCUCUGUUGAGUACCACCUGUGUUCAUUUGGUUCAUACGUUGCUUGAUCUACUAGAAUAGUUCACAUCCCCCAAAACAGCAACACUUCGUUUUUUCACAUUUGAGUCUCAAAAAUAUCCAUUUAACGCAACCAGGCCAAUAUACACAUGUCUGAAUUGUCAAAUACCAAAUAAUAUUGCAGUGCAUACAACAAAGUUAAAUGUUUUACGCAUCACUAACGUUUAGAAUCUUUUGCACCACUAAUUCUAAAAGACGGGAGUUAAACUGCAUAGCCCAGAGAAAAGAUAAGUGAACAUUUAAGAACACACUGGACAACUUUGCCAUUUAAAGAUACUCUCCAAGUAAAUAAAUCCCUCCUUUCUCCAUCAGUUAAAACUGUUGAAUAUAACAAUUCUCUUUUCAAGAGAAAAGCCUGAUUUGAUGGUCAUAGACUGAGUCCCUAUCUUUCCUCUGGUGCAGAUGACCAAUCACAAAUGGACUGAGCUCUGUAUUCCAUCAUUACAGUUGGAGGUAGAAACCCAAAACUGCUUAGACUGCGGUAGAAGAUUGCUACCCAAAGGCUUCGAGAGUUGUGCAUCUUCAUCCUCCCCACUGAGUGCAUAUGUGCAGUAUAAAGGCGGUAUCUCUUAGUAUUCCAUGGAAACUAGAUGGUCUUUAAAAAAUCUCUUUAUUUAUGUAGUAUUCAAGUUAUGUCCUUAAAAUCAUGACUUUGUAAGUAAAGGUGAAGUAGUGAACAUCCUAAAUGUAUAUACACUGAAAUUAUUAAAUAGUCUUAUUUCAUAAUAUGAGAAUGAUAUGUUGAAUGAUACCACUGGGUGAACUUGACGAUCUUUUAUUUGUUAACAAAAAAUAUUAUGGAUAGCUUUCUGACUGUUGGGGUAAAUAGCAAAUGUUCAAACUUUACACGCAUUUUGACAGUCAUUCAUGAUAAUAAUAAAAUUUCUAGUCAGUUUGUUAUAUAAUUAAAGCCAAUAGCUCUACCUAAGC